AUUACGAUUGAGGACGACGACCAGUUAGUUCUAUACCAUAUAGCUCUAUAAUCGGCAAAUUGUGUUUUUCGUUACUUAAAUAAUCAAGACUGCGCCAAGUCAUAAUGAAGCCAAUAAUGGAAACGAAUAUACAGGCAUCCAUUUGGAACAAGAGAUUCGAAUCGACGAUGAUGAGUUCUUCCGAGCAAAGUUUUGCCAAGUCCAAUGGGACUAAAAAGAAGACUGUGACCUAUUCACGUUUCAUCCGCACCGAACGUGUCGCAGACGGACCGACCAAUGCGGUGCAAAAGAAGACUGUGUUCUUUUCGCGAUUCGACCGCACCGCUCGCGCCGAAGAGGACCUAACCCGUCAAUUGGCCAGCGUGUCCUUAAAACCAAAACAGCCUGUGGCUUCCACCUCGAAUGAGCAGUUUUUUGCCAGCAACCUGCAUUACUAUCCCCAUCUGCCCCAGCCAACUGCGGUGGGCCACUACCAGACCUAUGCCGAAAUCAAGAGCCUCUGGUUGAAGGGUCAUUUCUCCCAAGCUUGUAACCCCACCUCGCGGUCGAUGCAACCGCCUCGUCGUAUUUCUAUCACCAACGAGUUCCCGGAUGAUCAACCGAAGCCAGCUCCCAAACGCCGCUACUCGCUUGUCCGCCGCAACUCGAUUAACCUCCCAAUUGGGUCCAAUUUUGCUAUGCCCGUGCUGAUGGAGGAGGAGAAGGAGGAGGAUGAAGUGAAGGAUCUAAAUGAGAACAGCGGCUCCACCAAGCCAGCUACAUCGACCUCGAAAGGCGCAAUCCCGAAGCAGCCCAAGAAGUUCGCCUUAACCUUCUAGAAAUGCUGUGACUAAUAAAUCUACCUAACUG